AUGAUCCCUAACGCCGUCUUCCUCACACUAUCUGUUUGUUUGGGCCUGUUUUGCCCGACUGCCUCCUCUCACGGGAGAUCUGCUAAGAAGGCAGGCUGCUUCAGAGUCAACAGCUGCAAAUGCAUCAUGGAGAACGGCAGCGGAGUUAUAAACCUGAAGGCUAUGGAAGACGCAGACGGCUUCCUGGGUCGUUUGAAGCCCGUGGCAGCAGGCGGUGUGGACGCAGAGGUCCUCCUGUCCUUCAGCCCCUGCCAGCAUUUCUCCCUGCCGGAUGACUUCACAGGAAGUGACUGCACUGGUGUCGCAGCAUGCCUCAUUGUCAGGCUCGGACACAUCAGUCAGUAUAUCAACUAUGGAAACCAUGAAGGGAACGAGUUCUACUACAACGACACACUCAAGCUGCUGUCUGUCUCCUACUUUGCUGUUCUUCUUCUGCUCACAGGCUCCUGUGCACUGAGACCCUUUCGCAGCAGCAGCGGUGCCCAGAUCUCUCCAGAGCACAGUGUGUGGUGCAUCAUCUGCUACCUGUUUGCCGACAGGAGGCCGGCAGGAAGACACGACACAGAUGCGACAGAUUGCACGCAGGACGACGGACACUGCAGCUCGCCUCAGCCUGGCUCGUUUCUACAGUGUGCUUAA